AUAUAUUAACAUCUUCAGCAGGCAAGUAAGUUAGGUAUUCCUAGGUUUGGUCAACAAAUGUAGAGGGAGAGUGGCAUGUUGUUUGUUGAUGAAUAGCUAGAAGUAUUGACUAACACAAGCUAUAUGGUUUCUAUGAAACACCAAUUUGACCUGUGUAUUGCAGAAAUUUGUAUCUGAUUUGUCUAAAGCUUAUCAACAGACAUGUCCUUGCAAGUACUAGUCAGACAGAAUGAAGAACAGGAGGAGAGAAUGGUGGUUGCUUGUUGUGACAAAAGACUGGGCCAUGUAGAGAUGGUGUUGAAACAAACACUGUGUAACUAUGUAAGAAACAUUUUGUUCAAGCACACAAAGUUCCUGGUAAAGGAUAACAUCAAAAAAUACACGUGCAAUUUUGUUUUGGUCCACGCAGGAAACUGAAGAAACCACCAUCGUUGUAUCGGUUUGUGUGAUGUACUAUUACUACUAGUAGUACUACUACUAAAAGUAGGUGCAACAAACCAAACUGAUGGUGGUGUGAGUAAUGAACCAAAGCUACGAUAGUACUAGCAGUAGUAGUAUUACUACUACUACCACCAGGAGCCACUACUACUACUACGUAGUAGUGGUACUAGUAGUACUAGUAGUACUACUAGUAGGUACUACUCCUCGUAGUAGUAAAUUGAGAAGCAUUGCAAAACAAACUCACAGCUCAACUCCAAGCUGGUUAUUUCACACUUCCUCAUAUUAGCACACCACAAUACUUUGAGGAUAAUAUUUUGUUUGGUUUGCUGGAACUGACUUCCUGUACAUGAUUUUUGAUUACAGGGUUCACCACUUGUCUGUCAGUUGACCGUGAUUUCUUCGUGNUGUAACAAGAUCCAAAUCUACCCUCGUUGCUAAUAAAGAAUAGAUAUCAAACUAAAGCCUUCUCGUACUUAAAAAGGAAAUAUUUUCAACUACUUGCAUCACUAUACUUCGCAUUUGAUACUCUAAACAUGGGCAACGAUAAUAGUUUACAGUAAUCGAUCACACUACCUUGCUGCAAAGGUAAAACUUGGUUUUUGGAACUACUUUGUACUGGGGAUCUCCACCUGUGGCUUGAGAGCUCAGAUAGUGCAUUAGGAAAAUAUUCCACAACAGGUGGAUAGUGAGAGGAACAUCACCAGGAUUGCCAUUGGUGGCUUCCACAAUGUCUGACUGAGGACAGGUAACCACAAUUCUUGACACCAUGAUAACAUGGUUUUUUAGAUUCAUGAAAGGUGUCUGAGCUUAUUGCACAACUGCAUCACAAAGUUGAUUGGAGUAGUACUAGUCUUCUUUGCCAAUUGCAUGUACCCCCGUUUCACACAUGCCACCUCCUUUACGUACACUAAAAAAAGGAUUGUCAUACAGUAUGGUUUUCACAUAAAAUCUAGAUGCAUUGAAAGUAUUACUACUAUGGAAGCAUUGAGUUAGAUAUGUUAACAUCUUCAGCAGGCAAGUAAGUUAGGUAUUCCUAGGUUUGGUCAACAAAUGUAGAGGGAGAGUGGCAUGUUGUUUGUUGAUGAAUAGUAGCUACUAGAAGUAGUAUUGACUAACACAAGCUAUAUGGUUUCUAUGAAACACCAAUUUGACAUGUAUAGUGCAGAAAUUUGUAUCUGAUUUGUCUACAGCUUAUCAACAGACAUGUCCUUGCAAGUACUAGUCAGACAGAAUGAAGAACAGGAGGAGAGAAUGGUGGUUGCUUGUGACAAAAGACUGGGCCAUGUAGAGAUGGUGUUGAAACAAACACUGUGUAAGUAUGUAAGAAAUGUUUUGUUCAAGCACACAAAGUUCCUGGUAAAGGAUAACAUCAAAAAAUACACGUGCAAUUUUGUUUUGGUCCACGCAGGAAACUGAACAAACCACCAUUGUAUCGGUUUGUGUGAUGUACUACUACUACUAGUACUACUACUAAAAGUAGGUGCAACAAACCAAACUGAUGGUGGUGUGAGUAAUGAACCAAAGCUACAAUAGUAGUACUCGCAGUAGUAGUAUUACUACUACUACCAUCAGGAGCCACUACUACAACAACUACUACUACUAGUAUGUCUACUAGUAGUACUAGUGGUACUAGUACUACUAGUAGUACUAGGUACUAGUACUCCUAGUAGUAGUAAAUUGAGAAGCAUUACAAAACAAACUCACAGUUCAACUUCAAGCUGGUUAUUUCACACUUCCUCAUAUUAGCACACCACAAUACUUUGAGGAUAUUUUGUUUGGUUUGCUGGAACUGACUUCCUGUACAUGAUUUUUGAUUACAGGGUUCACCACUUGUCUGUCAGUUGACCGUGAUUUCUUCGUGAAAAUUAUCGUCGUACGGUAUGUACCAUCGGGGAGUAGAGCACCGUACAAACAAGUCCAGAAUCGUCCGGGUCCUCAUGCCUGGUGUCUCUCUUCCGACUUCGUUUCUACCGUAGUACCGUACGGUACGGUCGGUACUUUUUUCUAACCUUUUCUGCGGAACGGUAGAGAGUGGCUGUCACUUACUCUAGAUCCAAGCUGGAUUCAAAACACUUCACAACGUGCAACCGAUAACCAACCAACACUCAGUUUGAAGUGAAGGGACUCCUUCAAUAAAACCGAAGAUCCAGGCGAGAAAGAUGUGGUCGUUUUCGAUAGUUCAACGCUCGAGGAUCGCUACUCGUUCYUUCGCCAACAACAGUAGUUACAAACACUGUGGGAAAAACAGCAAGUUGAUMGAGGGUGAUACCGUAUAUUUCAGAUCAUUUUCUUCGGAUGCAGGCGAUGGCCGAGGAGGACGAGACGGAAAAGGUGGAAAACGAGGCGGUGGAUGGUCCCGAAAUCGUAACAAUCGCGACAAAAARAACUAUUCCGAUCGAUUCUUCAAACCCGCCGCGCGGGGUGAAUUGAAGAAUCAUCGAUCGGGCAUUCCAAAGUUGACAGGCCGAAAGGGAAAGGGCCGUGGCGUUCGUGGAGCCGAUCCUCWCCUAGAGAGUGAAGAGGACCAGGUAAUGGGAUACGACAACGACGGAAACAUGAUGAUGGAAGAGGAAGAUUACCCAAUGCAAGGAAGACAGCAACAGAAAAAGGCCAAGAAAAAAACGGGAAGCAUUGAAAAGGGUAGCCAGUUGGAAGAUUUGAAUCCAGAAGACUAUCAAGAGAUCACAAAAUUUUAYCACGUCUAUAAUUCGCUCGAACAUCUCGAGGAUGAAGAAAACUACUAUUGGAAUGAGAUAGAUUAUGAAGGCAGAGGCGAUGUCAAAAAACAGGAGAUGUUUGAUGUUUUGAAAGCUGAUGCCACUCGGGAUGCAGACGGAAAUCUAGUUGUCGAGGUCGACGACGARACCUUUGCCAUGUUCGAUGAUGCGGAGCCGUACAACGAAUCAGCAMARAAGAAGGUCCACGAAAAACCAAAACAACAUCAACAAAUGCAAUUUAAUGGACCCCCCGAAUUCAUAAUGGAUACACUCGGGGUAAAGGGUUUCGAAAAGCCUCCGAAUCCGAAAGAAUACGACGCUUGCACACCAUUGGUUCUGAARGGACCAACCAUGAAUGACUUUGUCCUGGCAAUGGCUGAGCAUCCUACCAAAUAUGGGCAACUACGAUAUGCGAGCCCUCACCCAGAAAGCACCAGGGAGCCGGUUCCUGACUUACCMGUUCGCCGGAGAAAUCCUCCUCUAGAAUUCGUGGAGGGUCACACUCGAUUCAUUUACGUAUGGGGAAUACCUCCGCUACUGUCAGUGAACGAACAACCGGGGGAUCUCGACAAUCCAUUGCACGCAUUGGAGCUCCAGAAAACGGCCGCCGCUCUCUUUGACGUCCSCCCWGAAGCUGUAUACCCAGCGAGCAUUUCUUCCGCGUUUGUUGGCUUCCCAUCCAGRAAAGACCAACGAUUCGCCAUUGAAUUUGGACCGGUGCAAAAAGUCAUUGAGAGCCCCGUCAUGCUGUCCAAAUACAUACCUGCUGAUGGAGACAAAAAGUCGUUCGAUGCAAGUGAAAUGGACAAGCUUGUGAUUUUGGAAAAUCUUCCAUCGGGACUCACGCCAUCGGUUUUGGCAUCGACUCUAUUUCCGUCUGGAACCGACACCGGCGACMUCCUAUACGGUGGUUUGACGCCAGAUGAUUUUGUCAUGCUUACCCCCCAUUCUGCCGUGCUGCGAUUCGAAUCGCCGGAGCACGCUGAGAACGCUACAAAAUCAACCAUAGUGGAAGAGCGAUUGAAAACCUUUGGACAGCAUCGCAUACGGUACAGCAAGGCACGACGAGAACUAGUCUAUACAGGAAAGCACACCGGACCCGCCGGAACGGACCUGGAACGAGACCUCGGCCCUCGUUUGAUCGUGGACGGCGACAUGCCUACUAAAAACUUUUACCUCUCGCACGCCACAUGCGUUCACCUGCGAAACCUGGACCCUUCCGUGUCGAAGCAAGAACUAUCCGAGUUCUUCCAGCCAUUCUGUGCCAUGUCCCGCGACGUCGAAGGAUCGAUCGAGUUUGUGACAUGCCACGAGGGCCUUCCCACCGGCAGGGCUUUUGUCGGGUUCGACGAACACGGGGAAGCAGAUUCCGCUAUGGAGGCCUGCGAAUCGAACGGCCGGGUCCGUGGGCUCGGGCACAACGGGGUGGUUAUGAAAAAGGUCCGGGAUUCCAGAAACAUUGAGCGCCACAACCGCUCAGCCCGCGACGAAGACCAGCUCCUGGACAGUCUGGAUAACUGGGAGCAAUACGUCGAYCCKAGCGACCUGGACGAAUUGCUCGCCAACGGCAUCAACAAGGACGCCCUGGACGAGGCAUUYCGCGCUAUUCGCUACCAGAAUCCCACCUUUUCGAGCCUUGACCAGGCCAUUCGGAGCGAAACUGUGAAUCCCGAGCACGAAUCCGGCGGCAUGUACAAAGAGCUCGUUCAGACAUACAUUGCAACCCUGAAGGAAUGCAUCUCGACGCCCGAGAAUCCCGGUGCUAUCUAUGAGAGCUUGUUCCUGCCUGAGGAGGAGCUCGAUACGGAAAUCUUCGAGGACGAGGUCGCCCGGCAGGAGGAAUUACAAAAGCGCCGAGAGGUCCCUUAAAAACACACUAGUAGUAACCAGGCUAUCCCAUUCCAAACCCAGUAUCAUUUUGAAGGCAUGGCUAGGAUAAAACGCCUAGAUGGUCAACAAAAUCAUAUCGUAGCGUAUAGUUGUCGACAACCACAGUURGCACCAUAGUGUGUCACUMCUAGCAGUACCGGUAYAAUUGUGGUAYAAUACGCGAUACCAUCCUCACUAAACCCCGUUGCGACUU